AUGUCGACAUUUCGUUUAGCUACACUUAAUGUACACGUAUUCAAUUCACCAAAAAACGAAAUAAACAAUAAUGAUAGAUGGAGAACAUUUUGUCAACGUCUAUCUUUACCGAAUUUUAUCUAUGGUCAAGGUGAUCAACACCAGCUUGGAAAUGGACUUGCAUCUCGUUAUCCAAUUGACUUUUAUUCAAAUCAACAAUCAUAUUUUCCAUGUCGAGGUGGUACAAGAGGUUUACUGAAAUGUCGUUUAAAGGGUGAUCAUCCAUUUACUAAAGAUAGAAUAUUUGCUGUGACACAUUUAGAUCAUAUCCAUGAGGAUAAUCGUUUACAACAAAUUAGAGACUUUAGUCCACAUAGUGAAAAUAUUGAUAUAUUGAUGGGUGAUAUGAAUGCAUUAACAAAAGAUGAUUAUUCAGAUGGUUAUUAUCGGAAACAAGUUGUUGAAAUGCGUGAAAGUUUUCAACGGGAAAAACCCCGGUUUGAUUUAACUAAACUACUAACAGAUGAAUGGAAGUAUCAUGAUGCAUUUAAAUUAAGAAAUCCACAAGUAAAAGAUGAACUAAUAGCAACAUGUCCAUAUGGAACACGUGUUGAUUAUAUUUACAUACGCCCUCGUGACAAUGAUCAAUGGUUUUUGAGCGAAUGUUCAAUUAUUGAUACUAACGGAGAGACAGAUCAUAAUGCUGUUUUUGCUGAAUUUAAACUAAAAUUAAAAUAA